CGGACAGAAAAAAUAAAACAUACCGAUUGUACGGGAGUUGCCGACGGGUCCCGAGGGGUACCGAACCUCUCUGGAAUUCUCGGUGCCUUGUCCCCGCGGGUUCAGUAUCCGUCAACGCUUCAUUGAACACGCAGACUCCGUUUCGAAGUCGUCCGACUGGGGCUCUUUUUUUAAAAAUUGAAAAUCCGAGUUCUGUGCACCGGAGUGUCGCCUGUUGAUUUGCCUCGAUUGUGUGUGACUGUCGACAAUUAAGUGAAAAACCAAGAUUUAAAUAUAAUUUGGAAUACAACCGCUAAAAUGUCACUUGAGGUGGAAGUGAUUUUCUGAAGAUGCCAAGACGGAGGACAUCGGUCGAUGAGGAUGGCCAGGAUCAUCGACGGGGAUAAGGCGGCGCCGAUGUCGCCCGAAGAAGGGAGAAGAAACGCCGGGGGAAGGAAGCUGAGUUUCAAGACCCGUGGUGGACGUACUUCGAACUCAAGGACCUGCAGGGCCACGAAGGUAUCUCUGCCUGCCAAUUCCGUCCAAGAGAUCGCUUCGAAAUUCAACGCGAUCAUCGUCGAGGAUGAAAGCAAAGGGAGGGCCAUAUUGAAGAAGCUGCACGCGUACAAGCCGUCCGGCCAGAGCGUCAGGGAAGCGGUGCAUAUGUUCGAAAAGGCGUCGGACAAGCCGAAAAUGGUCCUCGUGAGGAAGAACUCGCAUUCAAAGCCUGCUAAACUCAACGUUGUUAAAGAAGAGACUGAUAUUGUUAAGGACGCGAAACCACAGGUCAAACCGAAACCGGAAAUCGACAAGUGCCAUUUGGUGACGAGACAGCCAGCCAAAAUCAAAACUCAAGAGCUAGUCAAGAAUAACAAAAGGCUCAGCAUACCCAAAAAUGACAUCCUCUACUCGGUUUUUAAAGAAACCGAAUCUGAGGUCAAACCCAACUCCUCAUUUUUGUGGGGCGCCAAAGACAAUAAAGGACAAGAAGCCAAAGAUGAGGUAACUUCGAAGCUGUCUCCUGUCUCUGAAUUCAGCGAAGAAAAGGAAGCGAAGACAUUGGAAAAAGAGGUGCAGCUUCCAGCCCCUGAAGUGAUCGGAUGCGACGAAAAAAGUGAGACGGAAAAUUCGGAAAAAGCGAAAAACAACGUUAACCUUGGAUAUGGGAAAAUUACCCCUGAGCCGAAAGCCAACGUCUCCUCGCUCUACAGACGGCUUGCCAAAGAGGCGACAAUUCAGCAAGAAAACCACUCCUACGUACACCUUCAGGCUUCGACGGAAUCCACCUACGAGGUCAUCAGUACCAAAUCGUACGAAGAGGUUGAGAACUGUUACGAUGUGAUUCAUUACGCGGCACCGGAGGUGGACGCUAUUUACGACGACGUGCUCAACGUCAACGAGUCAGGUCAGAACGGCCAGUGCGAAGGGAUUUACGAGUCGAUUUACGACGCCGGUCGUUCUGAGUCCGACAGCAGCUACGAGCAGAGCAACAGCCUCUACGAAGUCAGACCUUCUUCACGGGCCUCUUCUGGAUCUGGAGCGGUGGUUAGCGGAGCUUCGAGAAGUGACACAAGCGACGAUUGGGUAGACAUAGAGGUGGACGAGCAGAAAGAAGAAAUUCUUGUACUCCAGGAUACGUCCAAACCUAAGUUUCAAGGGGGCAGCUGGUCUCAAAAAGUUCGGAAACAGUGGAACAGCCAAAUGAUACAAAAUCAAAGUGAUGUAGAGAGCAACGGUAUUCAUUAUGAAGCAGUUGAAAGCCUCUAUGAUGCACUAUGUGAUGAUUUCUCAUCAGAUACUGAUUCUGAAUCAGGGUAUCUAGCACAAAGUCAACCCCAGAAUGGUGUGAUAACAAAAACACCACCACCACCACCUUCGAAUGAAGGAAUAUACAACUUCAUGAGGACGGCGAAGAGAAAGAUGAGAAAAACUAGUUUGUCCUUUGGACAGAGACUGAGACGGAUUAGCAGAAUCAGCAUGGCUGUGCCUGCGCCUUCUGCUGCUGAACAAAUCACUCAUAGUGCAUCGACAGACAAUAUUUCAAGGGGCAAAUGGCCUUCUUUUAAGAAAAAGAACAGCCUACAGAGCAAUUCGACAUUCUACCUCGAGACUAUAGCUGCGAUGCCAGAUGAUAAAAAGGAAAAUCCGUCAAAGGAAAAUGUGUCGCCGAAAGCCAUAGUUGAAAAGAGACGGAUGAGUGCGGCGAUACGACCCACCUCUCCACCACCGCCGCCUCCUCCUUCGAAUACCAAUGGGGACACAAAACUAAAGCUGAUCAACGACACUUCCCUCUACAUGGAAUGUGGGCUUUUUGAAAAUUCUAUAAUUCCAAUGAGCGACAGAGGAAAACCUUCGAGCAACCAAAGCUGGUACUCAGAUGUCGGAUUAUAUGAAAACAGCUCGACAGCCAGUUCAGAUUUGGAUCUCAGAUUUGCAAAUGAACCACUAUACCAAUUUUAUGCGGCAAGUGUUGCUGAGCGUGAACGGAUCGACGUUAAUUCUGAAGUCAACUAUGAAGAAAUUAAGAAUAAUGAGAACAAUCUGAAAUCGGACCAAAACCGCCCAUCUGCACUGGACCUCGUCAACUCAGAAAUGCACCGCACGCUAUGGUCCCAGGUGUCGCAAGUGAUCAACUCUGGCAUUUUAGACACGCUUUCUCCGGAAAAGAGGAGGCUUCAGGAAGCUAAAUUUGAACUGAUAACCUCAGAAGCAUCUUACUACAAGUCGCUUGUGAUACUUGAAAAGCACUUUGCGGCAAGUCCUGCACUUAAAGAUGAAACCAUUGUGCCUAAAGCAGAUUACAAGACUCUAUUUGGAAACAUAAAUCCUGUACGAAAGUGUUCCGAAGCAGUAUUAGCAGCGCUUGAAAAAUGCUGGCAAGAGAGUAUACUUCUUGAAGGUGUCUGUGAUAUUGUUAGCCAGUUAGCGCAGGAAAAGUUCAGCUCUUAUAUCACGUACUGCAGGCAUCAAAUUGCAAUUGAAAGAACCCUGAAAACCCUCAAAAAAUCUAAUUCAUUCCUUGAGGCUUUAAAUUCACUGGAGUCUUCUCCAAAGUGCCACAGUCUUUCUUUAUAUUCGUUCCUUUUACUGCCGAUGCAAAGGAUAACAAGGAUGCCUUUAUUAUUAGAUGCGAUACUUACUAAACUUGUCCCUUCAGACCCGGAAUACGAUUCAUGCAAGAUGGCCCUUACAAAAUUAAGCAAAAUUGUUCACAAUUGUAAUGAAGCGGCAAAACAGACUGAACGCCUUGAAGAAAUGGUUUUAUUGAGCCAUAGUCUAAACUUCCCACCGAAAAUGAGAAGGCUGCCACUUCUUUCUGAAUCCAGGUGGCUCGUGCGAUCAGGGCAGGUCACGCAAAUUAACGCAGAGCCAAAACUGACUUUAAGUAAAAAGUUGACCACCGGCAGAAGCACAUCUAAACGCACUCUUUUCUUGUUUACCGAUUAUCUAAUACUCGCAAAAAAGAAAGGAGACGAUAGCUAUAUGGUAGUGACAUACUGUCCUAGAAAAUUUGUUCAAAUGACAUCCUUUGAAGACCCCAUUAUCGGAUCCAAUAAAUAUUUAAUAAUGGUCACUCUUCUUGAAAAUCACGAGGGCAAGACUGAAGAAAUGAUAAUGAGCUGUGGAAGUGAAAGUUCUCGUGAAAGGUGGCUUCUUGCCUUUACAACGCCUAAGUCAAAAGACCCGAAUGAAGUUCUGUACGAGUCGUGGGACUGCCCUCAGGUCUCCGCAAUCCACCCGUACACCAGUUCCCAACCCGAUGAGCUCACCCUACAGCCUGGCGAUGUUAUAAACGUCCACAGAAAAAUCGAUGGUUGGUUUUACGGUGAAAGGACGAGAGACAGAGAGGAAGGAUGGUUUCCCGGAAAUCACACAGUAGAAAUCGCCUCGUCUCACAUCAGAGCAAGAAAUCUCAAACAGAGGCAUAGACUCCUUGCCUUUUCCACUACCUUUAUUCUAAAUAAACAAAAUAACACAAAUUGAAAUAAUUAUUAAGAAAAGUAAUUGCUUGGUAAAAAAAAAUUUGGUUAUUUAUAUGUAUUAUAAUUUUUUUUUUAUACUUUACUUAAAAGAAUUUUGUAUAAAACGCUCAUCUGUAUAUACGUUUAUUGUGUAAAUUAGAAUAUUUAAAAAUAUAACAAUUUAAGAAUAUUGUAAAUAAAUAAAAGCAAGCGAAUUGUAUUAUAUUUUCUAUACCGUAUUGUGAUAUGUCAAAAACAAUUUCUACGUGUUUUAUUUUUAUUGCUAUUAUUUUCUAGAUACAAAGUA